UCAGAACAAGAGUCUGUCACUGAAACCAUCAUGGCUGCAUCUGAUGGGUUUCCUGCCAGUUUCUAUGGGGAACCAGGAGUUUUAGGCAUGUUGUCAAAUGGGAUCAGUGCAUUCCUUGUACUUCUACAGAACUUCAACACAGCUCACAAUGGCAAUGCUCCAGUUGGAGUAGAGAACAUUCUCGCAGGUGUACAUCUCAUCCUGAUUGGUGGUGUAUGCCAGCUGGUGGCUGGGCUGCUCUCCUUCCGUAAAUACGACCAUCUGAGCGGCACCGCCUUCAUUGGCUACUCUGCUCUUUGGGCUAGUUAUGGUGCAACUAGAAUUUACUAUGGUGCCCUGCCUGAAAAUCCAAAUAUGACAUUAAUAAUAGAUCCGAUGAUGAGCAAUUCAUCCAUCAACAUGAUGAGCAACGUGUCUCUUAAUAACUCCACGCAGUGCUAUUUAUGUUUGUCCAUGAAAGAGUCAGCAAUCGCUGGUCUGGUCCCCUACAUCAUUCUGUCCUUUCUUCUUGCAUUUUGCUCUGCCACAGUCAACUACAUCAUGCCUUUUGUCUUUGGAGCCAUCACAGCCACCUUGAUCUUUGAAGCAGUAGCUUUAGCUGCAUAUUCCUGGGCUCUGAUUGUCUCUGGGGUUCUGGAGUUGCUCAUUUUGAUCUUUGCUAUCUAUGGUUCAGCGGCUCUUCUCAUCAAAGGCCUGACUCAACGUCUAGCCCUGAAAGGUUUUGGUACCCCACUCUUUAAUGUUCUCUUACUAGGGACCCCCAACUCAGGAAAAGCUCAGAGUGGAGGCCAGGAGAAGAAGAAGAACACAAAAUAUGCAGAGCCAAUGGCUUUGGGUUUCUUCUGCGACUCCAUUGCUCCAUCCAUCUUUGCUUUCUACAGCUUUGGCUACAUGAAAUCAUUCGGUCUAGGUGUUGCCUGGGUAUCAAUCAUCUCAGUUGCCCAGUUGUUCUCCAGCUAUUACGCCCACCUGCGUCAAGAUUGCUACCACACCACAAAGUUUGGGUUACACGCCACAUAUUGGCUGAUCAAAGCUUGGGAGGAGUUUGUUGUGUCUGUUUUAAUAGUGGAGGACAGUAAAGUUGUCUCUGGAAGGGAUGCAAUGGUAGGAGACUGGUUCUUUGUGGUGGCAGCCUUGGUGCUCUGUAUAGGGAGCCUGAACAUGGACGUCCUGGAAUUGAUCCAUAACUUGUUCUUUGUCCUAGUCACAAUCUCCACAGUCUCUCAGAUCCCCCUGCAGGGUUACUACAUCUUCUUUGGAGUAGCUUGUUCUCUCUUCACUGCAGUCUCAAUCUAUGGCACCUUCACCCGUCUCAUCAACACCAUUGCAGAAAAGUCUCUCAUACCUGUAGGACCACAACCAGUGUCUUCUGAGCAGCUGAUUAGGGUUUUGAGAUGUAGAAGGUCUAAACAGGGAGAUCAGGAUGUGCUUCCCCUGGGCGAUCAGACCUCAGAUGCUCUGUUCUAUCUUUCAAAUGGGGUUGCAGCUUUGUCAGCUCUUCAUUCAAGAAGGAUGAGUAUGAACCCUUCUCUCCUGCACCUGACCAUCCCCUGGGUCCUGAUCUCUGGAGCUAUCUUCCAGGCCUACGUCAGCAGGUUGCAAGUCACAGGAAGCAGCCGCUUCGGGUAA